AUGUCCAAUAUUGACUUCAAUUCUGACCAAAAUGCAUUGGACAACAAUGUAUCUACAACAGUACCGUUCCCACCAUCAGUUACAGUAGAAGAAAUAGUAAAUAAGCGAAAAGGGAUCAAAAUAUCUGCUAAACCGUCGAAUGGAUUUAUUAUUUAUCGAGGAGAAUAUUUAAAAGAAAUGAAACGACAGAAUAUGAAAAUCGGAAUGAGACAAUUAUCGAAAAGAGUAGGAGCUGCGUGGAGAAAAGAACCGCUGCACAUCAAAAAGUGGUAUAAAAAUUUGGCCGAAGAAGUUGCUGAUUUCAUCGCAAAGUUACAUAUUCAAUCACCAAAUUUCGUUAGCGAUCCUUGGAAAGAAGAAUAUUCAGCAAACCAGAGCCAAAAAGCUGAUGUUAUUGACAUUAUAGUUCCAAGUCAAAAUGAACAAACUUUUGACAGAAGUUAUGAAGCUAACAAAGAAAUUAACAUACAAAAUAUUGACGCACAAAACGAAUUCCCGGAAUUUCCAAACGAAUUAACGAUAGUUACACACUCAUAUGCACCAUUUUCUAAACAGAAUGAGCAUCCAAUUUUAUUGAACUAUCAAACUAUUGAUUCCUAUCCAGAAUUUUUUUAUUUUGAUGUCAGUGCUACUACAACUCCAUUAACUGAAGGUUUGAAUUAUAUCGAUCAAUCGCAACAACAAUCUUCCUUCAAUCUUCAAAAUGCAAUAAAUUUUCCAUUAGGAACAGCUGAUCUACAGCAAGAAAACAUCAAUUUUUUACAUUUGUGCGAUCAAACGCCGCAGAAUUUUGAUCCCAAUUUUGAUCCUUUGUUAUAUCCGUCACCUGAAGUAAACACGCAAUUUUAUAAUUUAUUUACAAUUAUAUCCGAGAAUCCAUCUGAAGAAAGCAAUGUAUAG